AUGAGUGCUGAGAAACCGGCCAGUUUCGGUACCAACCGUCUUGACCCCCCUGUCAUCGGCGUCGCCUCGUCCUCAGCCAGUGUGAUCUUUGAAUGGGUAGCCCUGGUCCCGCUCACAAUAUACCUCGCGCAGGCCGGGCUUUCGCAUCGGCUGGUAGGUCGGACUGCGCUGGCAGGGCGCGUCGUGGCGAGCCUGUUCCCGCGUCUGGGCGUCCUGGACGGCAUCGCCACCCUGCUGCGCCAAGGGCCCGACUACCUAGACCGCGCCUCGUCGGUGAGCGAGCUACAUCGCACCGUGUGGCAUGUCGACUUUGGCAGUAUAUUUCCUUGUGCCAACGGCGCUGCGAGUAUGAUCCUGACGAAGCAUGCGAUCCGUACCGCGGUCAAGAUUCCCAUCCGAAUCAACUUGAGGGAGCUGCUCCCAGAAUACGUUAUCAAAGACGAUAUGGCAGCCGAAGACGAGGCCAGUACAUUUCCUAGAGAGACCACGACGAACUCCAACAACAAUGCAAAUUCCAAGGGGUUCAGCCGCCCCCAGACGCUCUAUAUCCUCGAUUGCACGAUUGACGAGAUUGGGAAGCCCGAUGGCACGUCUAAAGCAGGCCGAUUAAUUCAGCGACAUCUACAAGCCGCCACCGAAGCCGCAGUUUUACUGUCUCUUCUCGGUCUAUGCGCUCCGAUGAUUCUGAUGGGUCUGUACGGCACCACCAUGGCGUUUCUCAUAAGCGCCGCGUUUCGCGUCCUGCGGCUCACCAUCCAAGUCACGCGCCCCGACGGCUACCUGCAGAGCAACGAGCCCAGCCAGAACCGGGCCUGCAUGCUCGCCGCUGUCCACGAGAAUGCGAGCACCUGGUACCUCUACGUCGGCGAGCGCGGCGUCGUCGACUGGCUCCUCAACAAGUCGCUCCUCGGCCGCGUCGACGCGUCGGCGCCGAUCGCAGCGCUGUUGCGCGCGCUCGCGGCGCUGCAACUCGCCACGAUGACGUAUGUCGCGGCGCAGAAGGGCUGGGACGGCGUUGGUUUGCUGGUGCUGGUGCUUGCGGCCUGGCUGCUCGACGCCGUGGCGUACUCGGACGACCGCCUGGCGAAGCGGUGGCUGCGCGCGGAGGGUGUGGGCAUCAGGGCGUUCGCGUGUGAGUUUAGCGGCCGCGUGCCCAUGGUCGGCGCGGUGCUGGCGCUCCGGGAGGGCCGCGUGACGAGCUGGAUGGACGGGAUUCUGGCGCCUGCGACGCGUCGCGACCUGUGGCUGGAGAAGCUGAUGCAGUCCUAUGCUUCGACCCCGGGCAGCGAAUCAAGUACGGCUUCUUCUUCGGUGGGCUCGAGUGCGAACCGAAACGUUUGUCCCUCGGUGACUCAAGUCACCCGGCAAAAGCUUGUCUGGGGACCGAAGGACGGCAAGGUGGCGGCGGACGCGGACAAGGAGGACCGACGAUGGGUGGAAAGGAACUUCGCGCUGGUGCGCGCCGCAGUCGAUGAUAUCAACAAACACAUCAGACCGAGCGAUGUGUAA